GUCGUGGUCGCCGCCCCGCAGGCACCGUGCUGCGCAGCACUGAUCGCUACAAACAGCAGGAAACCUCGAGUGUGAGCGCUGCAGCCUCACGCGGUGUUUAUCUUUGCUAACGCGCCGUACGGUCUCGGGGCUCGGAGGUAUAUUCCGUAGCCCCUCGUGUGCCGCGGUCACGACGCGACCCCCUCCCGACAGGACUCGAGGCGACCCUCGCGGAGCUCGCACACGAUGGAGGGCUUUCUGCGGAGCCGCGGGGACGCGCUGAAGCGCAGCUGGCAGGACGGCUCCGAGGUGCACAUCGUCCUGGGCAACGAGACCUGCGACCUGGACUCCAUGGUUUCCGCCCUCGUCUUCGCAUACUUCCUGCACAGAACAUCCGGGAAGACGGCGGUCCCGGUCCUGAACAUCAAGCGGUCCGAGCUGGCUCUUCGCACGGACAGCACCUUCCUGCUCCGGCAGAGCGGCCUCCCGCAAGAGGCGCUCGUUUUCCGGGACGAGGUGGACCUCCCGGGUCUCGGUCGGGCUGGCCGGCUCGCCCUCACGCUGGUGGACCAUAACAUCCUGCCCAGUGCUGACGGUGCCCUGGAGGGGGCGGUGGUGGAGGUGAUCGAUCAUCACGUGCUCGAGAGGACGCCCUCCGAUUCCUGUGCCGUCACCCUGGAGAGCGUGGGCUCCUGUGCCACGUUGGUGACCGAGUGCAUCGCCCGUGAGGCGCCGGAGCUGCUGGAUCGACAGAUGGCGCAGCUCCUAUACGGCACCAUUGUGUUGGACUGCGUGAACAUGGCGCCCGAAGCCAGAAAAGUCACGCCCAAGGACAGCCAGUACGCCGUUUGGCUGGAGUCGCGCUUCCCAGACCUGCCGCCAAGGGGUGCCCUUUUCCAGUCCCUCCAGAAUGCCAAGUUUGAUGUUUCAGGACUCACGACGGAGCAGAUGCUGCUGAAGGACAUGAAGGCGACGUCGGGGGGCGAUCUCUCGCUCGCCGUCAGCGUUGUUUACGUGACGCUCGAGGCCUUCCUACAGCGGCGAGGCCUGCAGCAGGAGCUCUGCGAGUUCUGCCACAAGUACCGAUUCGGCCUGCUGGUUGCCAUGACAAUCUCCUAUAAUGAAAACAACGAGCCUUUCCGCCAGCUGGCAGUCUACAGCUCCAGCACCCUCUACAGGGAGGAGGUGAGCAGAGCCUUGGAAAAUGCCCAGAAUCCUUGCCUUAAGCUCUCUCCGAUUAGCAGCCCUUACGCUGACGUGAAGGCCUACCUCCAGGGCAACAUAGUGGCCUCCCGCAAGAAGGUGUUGCCCAUCAUCAAGGACUUCCUGAGGGAGUGGGAGCACAGGGUGGAGCGUUGUGGGGAGAUGGAGGAGCUGGAGGAACUGGAGUACCAUUUCGACCCGUCCAACUCCCCUGGCUUGGAUGAGGAGGCACCUUCCCGAAGCUCAAAUCGGUGGCAGGCAAUGGCACCGGAGGAGGCCGGGGCAGAAGAGGAUUGCCAGGUGCCGCCCACGCCCAUGAACAGCUUGGUGGAGGGCUGCCCCCUGGACAACGGCCUGCCCCGGAUCAGCCCGGAAGCCAUCCUGGAGAAGUUCAACAAAAUGGCCGAGCCGGAGGCAGCGGCGGGGGGGCAGUGAGAGCCGCCUGCGUCUCCGUCUCCGCGCUUCCCAAACCCCAGAACUACCCGCUCUGUCCUUGGACCGGUAGCACCUCCCUCUUCCCACUAUGCACUAACCAGGAAUGUUCCGGGCGGCGCCGUUCUGCAGUCUGCGCCCAGACAAGUGCACAAUUAGAGUUUCUAAAAUAGGCCAGAACUCCAGAGUCUUGGGCAUCGCGGCGAUUUCCCAGAGGGCCCCACGUGCUCGACUUGGCCGUGCGUUAAAACGGGCCUGGGUGUCGUGCGGCUCUGGCUCGGACCGCCGCGUUCCGAGCGGCCCUGGGAGCCCUUCUGCCUCCCUGAGCUCCUGAAGGUCUGCGUAACGGCAGAGGGCCCAUUUCAGCUCAAAGAGCACGGAAAGCAGGGCACCGCGAUGAGUCGAGAUUUUCCUCCGCGCGUCCGACACCAGGGGUUCGGUUUGGACUCAUUUACGCAUGAGUUUCGGAGGCACGUGCUCUGCCUCUGUCCCCUUCCGUUAUCUUCUUGUCGCCUUAUUCUACAGACAUGUCGUGGAAUCAUUUUGAGGAGGAGGAGACUUGUCAAGGAGAACUAACGCACCUCUGGCAUCGAGGGCCUUUUCCCACAGGGCCUGAUGUGCUCGUCUUUGCAGACCUGCUGUCAGCCUCUAAAUACACCCCAGCGACAUUUGCGUUUUGGUUUUGCUUGUAUUUAUUUGUUUGCUGUCUGUUGUGGCUGUGGUCCGCAGCGUGACUUGCGGGACCUAAGAGCCGUUAUACCACGGUGGAACCCACCCUGUCCUUAACCCUGUAAUCCAGAUCGCUCUCUUAUCUCCAGCCGGCCAUGCUUCCUCCCCAGGCUCCGGGCCACCAGCCCCACGAUCCCAUACUGCUGCAGUCGACCCCCUGAGACGAACGCCGGUUGAGCCCGUUGUUUGCAAAAGGAAAGAUUUGCCGGACCGGGUCAUCUGGUGUGACCAGAACCGGGAUCCAGAUCUUCUUCGUCAGGCAGCUGAUCCCCUCUUGGACGUACAGUCUGUCACCUGUCCUUGAGGGCACAACACUGCUUGAUCUAACCCUCAGCUUUGUCACUGUAAACGUAACUGACAUCUGCUGUAGCUGUCACACUUCGCCCACUCAGGUUCGGUGGCUCGCGGUUCGGUGCAACGUGGUAACUCCCUAAGAUACGCCAGUUCGAGAGAGAUUCAACCCCUGCUUUGUUUUCCCAAACGUUUCUUUGCACUUACGAGGGACGGUUUUGGAUUUCACAGCACCUCAUUUAGCAGAAAUGUUCUUCCAGGAUGUACUGCACUGCACCGAGGGAUCAACUGUAGAAGCUCCUUGGACGUCAGUGCCAACCAAGGUGGUUUCACCUGCGGCGUGGAACAGAUGUUGUGGGACUGAGCAUCAAGGAAAUCCGUAUCGGGUAUCAGAGGAAGAAAGGGCACUGAUAUAUUUUCAAGACAAUCGCUUGUUUUUUUAAUGACGUCUUCGACAUUUUGACUUCAUAGUGGAUCCUCCCGUUACAAAGUUAAACAUUUCAGAAAAUUAACAUUUUCGGGUUUACUUUCUGUUACAUUAAUUUUCUCAAUGUAUUCACUAAAAUUUCUAUCUGUACCGGAUAGAAAGAGAUCGGCGUUUGCCCUCCGAGCCAGUAGAUGGCAGUAAAGAGCACUUGGAAAGGAGCGUAGGGCUGCCUUAAAUCAACUGGCUUCCACUAUGUUUACCGCUUGUUGUUCCCGAGUGUCGAUCAAGAUGACGAUCGUUGCACGCAUGUAUGAACAAUGAAUCGUCAACAGUCGGCGCCGGAUAGGAAUUCGUGCAGAUAUUUGGUAAUUUAAAAUUAUUUUUCGUUUCAUUUUAAUACCGCUCAAAGUUAAGGUGGAAAAAUUUAAAACCACUUUCAAUUAUGGCUGUAUCUUAGGAUUUUUACAAAGGAAACAAAAUAUGAACAGUCCUCCGUUCCCAACUGUUAGUAAGUUGAAGAGUCGGUGUACUUCCAUCCGCAUCAAGGAAACUAUAUUGAUUUCUAAUAUUUUUGUUUGGUUAUAUUAUUAAUUUUGAUUUUCCCCUUCUGGAAAGUUCUGAGUUUCAAGCUGAGAAAAGAGACCAACCCUAACCUCUCUUUAGUUUCGAGAGCAGAUGUGACAGUUGUCGCACUCAUUUUCAGACUGCAGAAGCUGGAAGAUUUAUUAUCUGUGUAUCCCACCGUGCCGCACCGCAAAUACUCAGAGCUGUGUGCACGUGCUCUUCUUUUAUUUUAUUUUUUUUUUAAUCACU